GACGAAGAGGGCGGGGCGUCAGCGUUCGUAUCCCAGCGUGCUUUGUGUCUACUUCCUUUCUGUCCCUUUCCGGCGUUCAAGAUGUCGAAGCGAGGACGUGGUGGGUCCUCUGGUGCGAAAUUCCGCAUUUCGUUGGGUCUUCCGGUGGGAGCCGUGAUCAACUGUGCUGACAACACAGGCGCCAAGAAUCUCUACAUCAUCUCUGUGAAAGGGAUAAAGGGACGGCUGAACAGACUCCCUGCUGCUGGUGUGGGCGACAUGGUGAUGGCCACAGUUAAGAAAGGCAAACCAGAGCUCAGAAAGAAGGUACAUCCAGCAGUGGUAAUUCGACAACGAAAAUCCUAUCGGAGAAAAGACGGUGUAUUUCUUUAUUUUGAAGAUAAUGCUGGGGUAAUAGUAAACAACAAAGGCGAGAUGAAAGGUUCUGCCAUCACUGGACCAGUUGCAAAAGAAUGUGCAGACUUAUGGCCUAGGAUUGCAUCCAAUGCUGGCAGCAUUGCAUGAUUCUUAGGCCUAUUUGUAAAAAAAGAAGUCAUUAAAAGAAUUAAUUGCCCCCAGUGUUUACCUUCCUGCUCAUUCUACAUGUCACUCUUUGACACCAGCUAACCUUGCACCUUUGUAACAUAAAACUCAGUGCAUGUGGGCAUAUGCUUAGAGAAAAAGGUAGUCCUUGGACUUCUCUAAGUGUAUAGGAUUAACUGGAGUAGGCUUAUAUACC